AUGAAUGUAUUUGACGAGCGCAGAAACAUCAUCUCCCUCUACUCAUAUCCCAAAUCCCAAGAUGGAGCAACAGCCGCCAUCAUCUUGGCCGAACUCAAGCUCCCCUACGAUCUCCACCUCAUAAACACACCCAACGAAAUCCCCAACGAAAUCCUAUCUGAAUCCCACAAGUGUCUCCCCGUACUCACGGACUUCGACCAAGCCGGACGCCGCGUCUCCAUCCGUGGAGUGGAACCGAUCGCAUCAUAUCUGAUCGUGCAAGAUCAUGAGGAACAGCUCUCCCGGGGGGGCGUUGAUAUAGAGGAAAUGAAUACCCUGGCGGAUCUUAUCCAUUUCCCCUGCGUAGCUGCCGCAGGCUCUCUGGGAUUAGAUAUCGAGCGAUUCCCUGAAUUAACGGCGUGGUUCAAUCGAAUCAGUCAGCAUGGGGCCGUGGUGAACGGGAUGGCGGCGGUUCAGUUGAAUGUGGAUGUAUAUUCAUAG